GGAAGGGGCUUCAGCUUAGCCCAGAAGGUUUCGCCCAGCAGCCGAGCAAAGUACCCAACACUCAGCCAGCCAUCAUGGUGCAGUGGACCGCCGAAGAGAAGGAGCUCAUCGCCCAGAUCUGGGCCAAAACCGAUGUGGCCGUGAUCGGGGCAGAUUCCCUUGGCGGCUUGCUGGUAGUGUACCCCUGGACCCAGAGGCUCUUUGCUCACUUUGGCAACCUCUCCAGCCCAGCCGCCAUCUUGGGCAACCCCAGGGUCAAGGCGCACGGCACAAAGGUCCUGACGUCCUUUGGAGAAGCCGUCAAGAACCCCGACAAGGUCAAGGACACCUUUUGCAAGCUGAGCGAGCUGCACUGCGACAAGCUCCACGUGGACCCCGAGAACUUCAAGCUCCUGGGCAACAUCCUCCUCAUCUGCUUGGCCUCCCACUUCGGGAAGGAGUUCACUCCGGCCGCCCACGCCGCCUUCCAGAAGCUCACCAACGUGGUGGCGCACGCCCUGACCCGCCAGUACCACUGAGCGCCCCCUGAGGAAGAGCAGCUGCCUCGCGGGCGCCCAGUUGCCGACCAGACCAGCGCCUUCCCUCGCGGGGAAACCCUCUGCCAGACCCCCGACACGGGGCCACUAGCUAAUAAACCUCACUCCCUGCAAGA